ACAUUUCAUCAUACGCCAACCAUUACAUGUUUUCCUUGCAUUCUACAUAUUCGUCUCCACGUCCCCAUAUCUGUUCUGUUUUUAACAAAGAGUUUAGUAACUCGCUGUUUUUUGGAAACUUUGAUUAGUUUUGUCAUGAUUUUUCAUUUGGGUUUCCUUUCUGGGUAGGGUUGUUUCCUUUUUACUUAUCAACCGCAACGCGUUCUUUCUUCCAUUAAAAACCGCUCUCAUUAUGUUCUGAAACUAGAAGUGCCUUGGAUCAUGGCAUUUUCUUACCGUUAAUCUAAUCAUGAAUUUCGGAUCUUUUUUCCCCCCGUGGCGUUGACCUCAGUGAUCCAUGGAUCACAGGUAUAACAAAAUGCCAACAUGGUGUGCAUGUCUGUUGAUAAUGGAAUCUUCGCUUCCCAUUAGUGUCGGUUGAGCCGCAAAUACUUAUCAAGAAACUCAUGAUUAUGCAGAGAAAGGAACUCGUGACUAGGGCUGCCGCUCAUGGCCGGGGAUCAGGCACAAGUGCUGAAUGCACUGGAUGUUGCGAAAACACAAUGGUAUCAUUUUACGGCCAUCAUCGUGGCUGGAAUGGGCUUCUUCACGGACGCAUAUGAUUUGUUCAGCAUAUCCCUGGUCACCAAGUUACUCGGCCGCGUAUACUACUACGUGGAAGGUUCACCGAAACCCGGUACUUUGCCUCCUAAUGUGGCGGCCGCCGUUAACGGCGUCGCGUUCUGCGGAACCAUCUCCGGUCAGCUCUUCUUUGGGUGGCUGGGUGACAAAUUGGGGCGCAAGAAAGUGUACGGCAUGACUCUCUUGACGAUGAUCAUAUGCUCUCUUUGUUCGGGCCUCUCUUUUGGACACACGUCAAAAUCGGUGAUGGUCACUCUCUGCUUCUUCCGAUUCUGGCUUGGUUUUGGUAUUGGCGGAGACUACCCUCUUUCUGCUACCAUCAUGUCAGAGUAUUCGAGCAAGAAGACUCGGGGUGCCUUCAUUUCUGCUGUCUUUGCGAUGCAGGGUUUUGGAAUUCUGGCUGCUGGUAUCCUCGCAAUCAUCUUGUCUGGUGCGUUCAAGUCGAAUUUUCCAGCUCCAACUUACGAGGUUGAUCCAGCAGGUUCAACUGUUCUACAGGCAGAUUUUGUAUGGAGGAUGAUGUUGAUGGCGGGAGCGGUGCCUGCUGUUUUGACUUUUUACUCGAGAAUCAAGAUGCCGGAGACUGCUCGUUACACUGCGCUCGUCGCCAAGAAUGCCGAGCGAGCUGCAGCUGACAUGGCUAAAGUUCUCCAGGUGGAAAUUGCAUCGGAGCCUAAGGUGGAGGAGCCUAACAGGGUUAAACCGUAUGGGAUGUUCUCCAAGGAAUUUCUGAGUCGUCAUGGGCUCCACUUGCUGGGAACUACAAGCUCAUGGUUCUUGCUUGACAUUGCAUAUUACAGCCAAAAUCUGUUCCAGAAAGAUAUAUUCAGCGCUGUUGGUUGGAUUCCUCCAGCCAAGACCAUGAAUGCCCUGGAGGAGAUGUUCUUUAUCGCAAAGGCUCAAACACUGAUUGCUCUCUGCGGUUCUGUUCCGGGGUACUGGUUUACGGUGGCCUUCAUUGAUAGAAUAGGAAGAUUUUGGAUUCAACUGGGCGGGUUCUUCUUCAUGACUCUGUUUAUGUUUGCUCUUGCCAUUCCUUACGACCACUGGACUCGGGGAAAUAGAAUAGGGUUUGUGGUGAUGUAUUCCCUCACCUUCUUCUUUGCCAAUUUUGGGCCUAAUUCUACCACAUUUGUGGUACCGGCAGAGGUUUUCCCGGCUAGAUUCCGAUCUACUUGCCACGGGAUAUCGUCGGCGUCGGGAAAAUUGGGAGCUAUUGUGGGUGCAUUUGGGUUCUUGUAUUUGGCACAGAGCAAGGACCCAAGCAAGACAGACGCAGGGUACCCUCCGGGGAUUGGAGUGAAGAAUUCGCUUAUUGCGUUGGGCGUCGUUAGCGUGUUGGGAUUCUUCUGUACUUUCUUGGUGCCUGAGACGAGGGGAAGAUCUUUGGAGGAAAUAUCUGGUGAGAAUCAAGAACUAGAAGGAAGUUGAUCAACGUAGAGUGCUGCUAGCGCCCAGAGGAGUCUUGUUAGUUGUCAUUUUGAUCAAGCUUUCUCCUCCUUUUUUCGCCUGCCUAUCUGUAGCUUUUUUUUUUUUUAAUACAAUAUCACAAUGUAACUUUAGUC